AUGGCGUCCUCCUCUGGGACAGCACAACUCGGCGAGCCGCCCGUUCAUGACUCGGAGCCGGCAUCGCAGCUGCUCGUCGACGCGACAAGCCCCUUCACCAUCCUCCACGCCUCACCCGCCUGGUGCCGCCUGACCGGCUACACGGCGGCGAUGGCCGUUGGCCGGCCGAUCGCGUUCCUGCACGGGCCCCUUACGUGCAGCGAGACGCUGACUGCACUGGGCGUGGCGAUGCAAUACGGCAAGCCGCUGCGCGUCAUGCUCGUCUCGUACACCGCCAACGGAGAGCCCUACCUCAACUGCGUCGACUCUCGGUGA